ACAGGCAGGGUUUGGCUAGGGGUAUAAAUAGGCCAUGCCUCAGCCCUCCUCACUGUGUCCCUCUCUCUCUCCCUUCUCUGCAUUUCCUCUCUGGUUGGUUUGGUACCCCUCACGACAGCAUCAUGACAAGUCCUCUGGAAAAAGCUCUGGAUGUGAUGGUGUCUACAUUCCACAAGUACUCUGGGAAGGAGGGAGACAAGUUCAAGCUCAACAAAACCGAGUUGAAAGAGCUGGUGAGCCGGGAACUCCCGAGCUUCCUGGGGAAAAAGACAGAUGAGGCUGCCUUUCAGAAGCUAAUGAGCAACCUGGACAACAACAGGGACAAUGAGGUGGACUUCCAGGAGUACUCGGUCUUCCUGUCCUGCAUUGCCAUGAUGUGCAAUGAAUUCUUCGAAGGCUACGCUGACAAGCUGCCCCGGAAGAAAUAAAGGGGAGCAGUGGUGAUGGUGGGGGAUGGGAGAGGGAAAAGAGGGAAGCUCCUGUGGGAGGGGGGAGGGGGAAUCUGGGGAGGAGCUACAGGGUCAUAAUAUCCUCAUGGAGCCUGAGGUGGGCACAUUACCAUCCUGGGU